CAUGUUGGCCACUUAAAGACCUCAACUUAUCCUGAAGACUUUUAAGAUCGUUGAUUUCUUUGAACAAAAGAAAACCUUUUGUGUUUUGGCAUUUUCAAGGUGAUUUUAAGCCCAUGGUUUCAUUUCAUCACUGCGAAAUUUCCUCAAGAUGUUUUUACCAUUUCAAGAGAAGAGGAUGAAAUGCCUCACUUCGAUUUGUAGGAAACACUGUUGGAGAGUUGUCUGCACUGCUAUUUAGUGAAAUCAUGCAGACCAUUUUAACGUUGUGGAGGCAAGAAUUUCAUAACUGUUCAUCACGCUGCACAGUUGACGCACUGUGGGUAUCUGUGCAAUUUGCUCCACUCUUUCACAACUUCAGUAUAACAUUUUAGAUUUUGUUUUGCGUGAAAUGUUCGCUGCUUUUUGUUGCAUACCGUGAAAUGUGUGUUUUCAACAACUUAAAGCGAUUCUUUAAUGGUUUCGAGGGGCAUAAAAUGGAAGCGUAUGCUCGCUGGUUUAACAUGUAAAGAGUCAUGGUGCAUUUAAUGUCAUAGUAAAUCUAGUCUAUACUAAAACAAAUGAUAUAGCCAAUUUAGCAUGGCACAGUCUCUUGUGUGCCAUUUAUACAGGGUAUACCACCUAACCCUAGGACAAAACAUGUUGAAAGCCCAGCAAGUGCACAUUUGGUCGAUCAGUUGCAGGAAUGGCUCAUCUGCGAUACUUUAUGAACUUUCAUCCGCGUCAAGCUAAAGACCUUGCCAAACCACAAUGGGUGUAGUUAAAUUGUGGACUAGUUAUGCAAGGCUUUCACAUCCCUGCCCACUGGAAAAUCGAGACGGAAGUCCAUUGCAUCUCCAAAUUUGCGUGGUGGAUUUACAUUUGCGUUUGUUAAUAUGCUCCGCAUUAAUCAUACACUGAUGUCCUGCUGUCCUUUGUCCCAUAAUUCAAGGCACACUCUCACAUAGUACGUGAAGGUCCAGUUCAACGGUAUAUCCAAUAAAAGUGCAAGUGAGCAACAGAGAAACGCAGGACACAUUCAAAAAGUGUUUUUUUAACACAAGGUUUCGGAUGAAUUUGCGAUUCACCAGCGCGAUUUGUUUCAAAUUUGAUUUGCAACAUUUGUGAAUGAUUUUCCCACAGCAUUUCCAUUGUCUGAACUGAUAUGAUUUUGCAACUUCUGCUCUGCUAAAACUUUUCAUCUUUCCAAGGGAUUUGAUCUCUUCUCUUAACUCACUGACAUGUUUCAGGAUUGUGGACGACAAUUUAAAGACGCUUAUUAACGAACAACCAAACUUUUUUUGAAGCAUUUGAGACGCACAAAGAAAGAAACCAGUAAACCCUCUGGAUCGAGUCAUGUCUCGCCGAAGAAGCCGCAGCGCAUCACCGGGGCGUUUUUCUCGCACUUGCAGCAGUAAUGAUCCGAGAGAAAUGGAGAGACGAAUUUUUGUUGGGAAUUUGCCGACCUCGGACAUGGAAAAGAAGGAUUUGGAAGACCUGUUCAGCCCAUAUGGGAAGAUAGUCGGCGUGUCCAUGUUUCGUGGGUUUGGAUUUGUACAAUUUGAACGUGUUGAGGAAGCCGAAGCUGCAAAGUCUGCCCAAAAGGGUCGAAUAUAUAAAGGUUAUAAAAUAGAUGUAAAUAUGGCAGUGGAGCGACGACAAGCUAAACUUCAAUCCCAGCAGAGCCCUCCACGAAGGGCCCCGUAUGGCAGUUAUGGGGACAGCAAAGAACCCCGACCUCGGUCACGCUCACCGGUUUAUGGACGGGAGAGCCGUGAAGGGCGUGAGCCUCGGGAGAGCCGUGAUGGGCGGGAGUCUCGGGACAGCCGUGAUGGGAGGGACCCGGGUAGAGAGUCGAGGCCAGGUGGCCACUCUCGUGACCAUGAUUACCGGUACCGUAGCUCAGAGAGCAGAGACAAAGACCCCAGAGGCCCAGAACCCAGAGGCCCAGACCCCAGAGGCCCAGAGUCACGUGAUCCUGCAUACAGCAGAGAUGACUAUGACCGAUACUACCGCAGUGGCAGUGGUGCAGAAGACUUUUAUCGGAGGAAGGAUGAACCCUUCAGGGACCCUUACAGAGAUCCCUGGAACGGACGCCGUGAGCCAGAGGUCGCCUCCAACCUCUCCUCAACAGUAGAUGAUCGUGGUCGACCAGAAGAGCGCCGGCGUAAUGAAUUGUAUCGACAGUACUAUGAAGAACUCCAGCGGCGCUACGACACUGACCGUCCUGUUGACUGCUCUGUGAUUGUCGUCAACAAGGCGCAAAAUGUGUACUUGUGCUCCGAAAACAACUGUAGGGAGUAUGCUGAGACGGUCGGGCGGAAAGUCCGUGAUUUGGGCAUGGUGGUGGAUCUGAUCUUCCUCAACACAGAAGUCUCACUAACCCAGGCACUGGAGGAUGUAGGCCGAGCUCGCACUCCCUUUGCCAUCAUCAUUACCCAGCAGCACCAGGUCCACCGGUCCUGCACUGUCAACAUCCUGUGUGGCACACCGCAAGAGCAUCGGAACAUGCCAAUGCAGGACGCCAUGAUGCUGGUUGCCCACAAUUAUGACACGUACAAAGUUGAAAACCGCGAAAAAGAACGCGAGGAGAUUGCCAGAAAGGCUGCCAAGAUGGCAGACAGUGUAUUACUCAGGGAGCCUGACAGAGAGGGCCACCCUGUUUCUGUGCUCACCGCCAUCACGCUGCUGUCUGAAAACAGAUUUGUAACACCAGAGGAAAUGGAUGGUCUCAUUGCCUACCUGACGGACAAAAGAACCCGGCUGCUACGAAGCGCUGCAGACCCUCUUGCAGCUACAGUCCAUGCUGCGGCUCCUGCAGCAGUACACCAUGACGUUCCGCCCUCAGCUGCAGGACUGCCACCUGCAUCCCAUUCUACUCGCACACCCGCACAGACCAGCCACCUCGGCUUAUCAGCUGCUUCAGGCGCCUCAGCUAACCCCAGCCAUCAGCAGGAGCUGCAGGCUAAAAUCCUCAGCCUGUUCAACAGCGGUAGCGGGGUUUCAGCAGGCGCUGGUGGCCCACCCUCCGCCUCCCAGCCACAGGCCUACAGCUCCCUUGGCCCACCCCCGUCCCAGAACCCAGCCCGCCCAUCCAUGCCUGGCCCUCCUGCAGUUGGAUCCCAGGGUUAUGGCACCCCACCUGGCCGCAUGCAAGUCCCACCCGGUGUUCAAAGACCCCCCACCUCUGCUUCAGGUAUCAAUUUUGACAACCCAAGUGUACAGAAAGCGCUGGACACCCUCAUUCAGAGUGGACCAUCUCUCAACCAUCUGGUGGGCCCUGCUGGCUCACAGCAGCCACCCCCAAGGUCUGCACCCGGCAUGGGCCAGAUCCCGCCUAUGUCCAUGUAUCCCCGACAUUACUGAUAGGUUGUAGUGAAUUCAUUACUUCUCCUAAUGUGAGGUCCACUUCUCCCUGUGACACAAGUAGACACCACAUCAAUUCUCUGUGCAGUGAAUUUACCAGCUGUGAGUAGGAAGAUUGGAAGGUUGGAUCUUUUGUAAGCUUUUAAUCCUUUUUUUAUUUUAUUUUUUUUUAAUUGAGUAUUGUGUUCAGUUGAUUAAAUUUGACAACUUGUCCAGACUUUGUAAUGGUCUGUAUUUUCAAUUAUUAGCCAGAAGAUAAUUAUUCUUCUUACAUGUAAGUUAAACUAUGAGGCAAAGUUGCAUGUGCAAAGUACACUAUACUUUGGUUUAUGAUGGACUCCUUAGUUCUUUUCCAACCAUGAUCGAUUGUGUUUUAUAGUUAACAGUGUCUUUUUAAUUUGUAACACUUUCAUUGUCAAAACAAGACAUGAUUAAAAACUCCACACAAUUGUAGUAAUAAAA